AUGCCACGAAAGGCAGCGGCAAGAAGAUCGAGUAAAUCAAGGACAAGAUCCAGACGCACACCAUCACGCAUCUACGGCUCGUCACACGAGGACCAAGUAGGCCGCCCGAUGGUCCGAUUUCUCUUGAAUGCAUAUUCUGCAGAGCAGAUCAACCGGAUGUUUGACGAAGAAUCCCGCUAUCCAUCACAGUCGUCGCAGUCUCCUGCAGAAGAAGAAGAAGACGACCAAAUUUCGAUGCUCCCCGAGCCUGAGCCAAAGGACGUGCUCUCUGACCCAGUUUCUGAGAGUUUGAUUUCGCCUUCGUCUUCAAGUGCCUCUGGCUGCGGGAUCGCCAAAUCCAAAAUGGCUGAGAUUCCAGCCUCCAAUACUGCUCAGCAGACAAAAAAACAAGCAAUCACUACGGCGCGUGCAGCCAUGAUAUCCAAAGGUCAUAUGAUCCGCGCUAUCGCGAACGCUAUUCAAGAAGAACGUCCAAUGCCAGCUACUGCCCCAAUGCUUGGAGCAUCAUCAGUUGGCACUGGUUAUAUGGAUAUCACUCACGGCGGCUACCAGCAGCCCUUGAUUUACCAGGGAGCGAUGCAACACAUUGUCAAUCCGAUGCAACCUCAACAGCAGCAAUAUAACACCGCACUCUGGUCAGACCCGAUGCAAUGGGUCAACUUUGAUGGCGAGGACAACAAGCGUUUGAUGUAG